AUGACGCCGGAACUGUUGCGUGAGAGUCUGGAAAUCAAAAAGGAGACUAGUGUACAGAGUCUUGCGACAGGAAAGUAUGGUACACAACGGAAGCGUAAUAUCGAAGAAGAACCAUGGUAUCAUGGUUUGAGAACAAGAGACGAUGUAGCUCCUCUUCUCCGCGAAACAGGUGAUUUCCUCGUCCGAGCCAGCCAAAACGGCGAUGUAUAUACACUCGUCCUCAAUGUAAAGAAUGGGUCUGAAAUCGAUAAUUUGACGAUUAGCGUGGUUGACGAUCUAUUCACGUUACACUAUCUACUGGACAAAGGAAAUCCAGUGAAAUUCCGGACUGUGGCUCAUUUGAUCAAAUAUUAUAAGAAACAUCGACUUCCGAAUGAACGGCGUCUCGUAAAGGCGAUACACCGUCCAUGGUGGCUGCUUCGUCAUGUUGCUGUCAAAUAUGAUGAGUCUGGAAAAUUGGGUUCCGGCCACUUCUGCAAUGUAUUCAGGGGGAAAGUUACAAUCGAUAAGAACGAAACUGACGUCGCUAUUAAGAUUUGCCACAUACCAACCGAGGCUAUUACGCCAGAGGCACUACUGGAAGCAAGGACAAGCUUGAUCAAAGAGGCGAAGCUAAUGGUUGAAUAUAACAAUACUAACGUAGUCAAGUUUUAUGGAGUCGCGUGUGAUCGGCCGCCGGUGAUGAUUCUCAUGGAAUUGUGUGCCGGUGGAAGCAUGGAUAAUCUUCUACGAAAGAAAGGAAAGGACAUAAGCAAUACAGAAAAAUUUGUUUAUCUCUAUGAAAUCUCCUGUGGAAUGCGAUACUUGCAUAAAAUGAACUGUGUUCAUCGUGACUUAGCAGCGAGAAAUUGUCUGAUCUCAAGCGAUGGAAUCAUCAAGGUUGCUGACUUUGGUCUAAGCGUAACCCUCGAACAUGGAAAUACUUUGUGUAAAUCAAUAAUUAAAGAAGCGCCAAUACGGUGGUUUGCGCCCGAGUGUUGCCGUAUGGAACCAUUGUUUUCAAAGAAAACUGAUGUAUGGGCUUUUGGAACGGUAAUGUUUGAAGUAUUCAGUAAUGGAAGUAAGCCUUUCAUCGGAGUGAAAGAUCAAGCCAUCGUAAAAGCAAUAAGAAAAGCGGAAAUGCCGUAUCCACCACAAGAAACACCGCGAAAAGCGAUAGAAAUACUCAAAAAAAUUUGGGUCCUUGAUCCUGAACAACGGCCUUCUUUCGACUCUAUCGGUGAUCAGUUGCGUGAAAGCGUUGAAAGCUCACCUGAAGUGGAACCCCAAAAUAUGGUUGUUAACCAGUUAAAAGGUGUAAAAAGGAAAAUAAAAUUUAAAGACGAAGUACAGCGCAAUGCAACGGAAGAUACUUCACAUCCUCAAUGUCGUGAAAAGAGUUCACCUGCCGUUAGUCGUGAAAAGAGUUCACCUAUCCGAUGCGACACUGAUUGCUCUCAAGAAGAUUUUGUCGAAAAGAUUUAA